AUGGAUAGAGAGGAGAAGGCGUUGGAAGAGACGGUGGAUUCGUUGACACAUAAAGUGGCAGAACUGAAGACAUCGUUGCAGACAAUGAUAAUGCGUUUGGAGAGCGAAUGGGAGAGCAUUUCGUGGACGCAAUUGAUCGACAAUUAUGUGGUCUUUUCCGCACAAAUACAGAAUCUGAUGAAAAUCGUGAAGAAAGACAAAACACCCGCUCUUAGGAAUCGACUCCUAUUCCCACUCCUCUUGAGUCCAGACAUUGACGAAGAGCUGAUGAAAUUGACUGAAGGAAGGGUUCAGUCAUUCAAUCACGAUAUGGUUCCCGACUAUUUGCGGACUAAACCGGAGCCCGAGAUCGAGGCCAAGGAAAACGUGAUCGUCGGGAAGGCCUGUAAUCUUAGCGCCGAUCAAAGCCAGAAACAGAUGACUUCCGCCAAUAAGAUCGUCAAUAAUAUGACUGAUUUAGUGAAGAAUAUGCGCGACGAAUGGGAGACAGAGACCAAUCGCCAGAAUCAGACCCAAACAUCACUCAUGAACGACACGACGGCACUCAUCGCUGCCAUCACUUUCGGCAAAGGACUCAAAGCGAUGGCGCCGUCGAUGAAGGGAUCGGCGCCUCCGGUGGCGCCGUCGGCCGCACAGACGUCGGGAUCCGGUCGGCCCACCGGUAAAGCCCCGGCCACUAUCAAAACCAAUAUUAAAGCCGCCGCUAAUAUACACCCUUACCAACGAUAA